AUGGCUGCUCAUUAUCACAACCCUGCGUCUAUCUUUUCUUUGUUUGUCAUGAUUAGUUGUUUGUUUCUCAUUCAUGGCAAUCACGUAACGGUGGUUCAAGCAGCUCGUUAUCUGUUGGAAACAAAACCAACUGUUCCAGAGAUUCCCAAACUUACAUUUCCUAAGUCUGAAUUACCACCAUUACCUGAGAUCCCAAAUUUUCCAAAGCCAGAGUUGCCGAAGAUUGACAUCCCGUCCUUAUCGAAGCCAGAGUUGCCAACAUUCCCUAAGAUUGACAUCCCAUCUUUACCAAAACCUGAGUUGCCAUCAUUUCCUAAGAGUCAAAUUCCAUCUCUACCCAAGCUCGAACUGCCAUCACUGCCGAAGACGGAAGCAGCAUCUUUAACCGCGAAUUCAGAGGUGCCAAAGCUUGGCGUUCCAACUUUGCCGAAACCUGUAUUGCCGAAAUUUGAAGUGCCUACUACUCUUCCAGUGCCCGAGCUACCAAAAACUCAAUUGCCGAAGAUGCAAUUACCCAACUUUGAAUUGCCCAAGACAGAACUCCCAAAGCCUGAAUUUCCCAAUCUUGAAGUGCCGGAGACUGAAUUACCCAAGCCUGUAUUGCCUAAGAUAGAACUCCCUAAGCCUGAAGUCCCAAAGACAGAACUCCCUAAACCUGCGAAGAACCAAUUCCCUAAGCCUGAAGUGCCUAAACCUGAACUAGCACCAUUGCCCAAAUUCGAAAUUCCAAAACUGCCAGAAUUGCCUUCUCUUCCAAAAUCCACACUUCCUCACACCCCUUGA